AUGGGUUCUGAAAUGGAGGCAGCGCCGGUGCUUUCGACUCCCGAUGACCGCAUUCUCGAAGAAACGAAGCCGGUAGUCUCGCGAGACCCUACGACUCGAGUGUCGGACGAUGAACUCUCCAUUACCUACGAUAUCGAGCGCACAUUGAAGGAGAUCCGGCAAGCGCGCUAUAAGCGCAUCGCUCUUCAGUUUCCUGAUGAUAUGCUUCCUGAUGCCCCGCGGGUUUUCCAACUACUCAGCAGGGGCCUGGAGCGCGAGGAAGUGACCAACGCCAACGGCAUCGAGCCUGCGAACCAGACCGAAGCCAGCAACGGCGAUGACCUGGCCCACUCGGUCUCUCAGCUUCAAAUGGGGGAAGACAAGACAGGAAAAAUUGCGCCUCGGUUGACUAUCUUGGCGGAUACUUCUUAUGGAACUUGCUGUGUCGACGAGGUGGCCGCUGAGCAUGUAGAUGCAGAUGUGGUUGUCCACUACGGAAGAUCAUGCUUAUCGCCUACUGCGCGGCUGCCUGUCAUCUACGUCUUCACGCAUAAAGCUCUUCCGCUAGAGCCUGUAGUGCGAGCGUUCAAGGCGACAUAUCCUGAUCCGACGACGAAGGUAGUCAUUGCAGCUGAUGUCACCUAUGCGGAUCAUGUUCAGACGGUGUAUACUCGGCUGGUGGAAGAGGGAUACAGCGACCUAUAUGCAACUGAGAUUAUGCAUGAGCCUUCAUCGGCAAUUCCCAAUCGUACGGUCCCCCGUUCAGUCCUGGAGUCGCCUGAGACUCUGGCUGAUUGGCAAUUGUUUCAUAUCUCUGAUCCGCCAACUGCCCUCAUGAUGACACUUGCGUCUCGGGUGGCUGCAAUUCAUAUCUACCCUACGGACAACUUGGGUGGUGAGAAUGUCAAACCAUUGCCUGCUUCUACUGCUGCAGCUCUCCGACGACGUUAUGCAACUCUGACCUCGUUGACUACGGUGCCAAUUUGGGGUAUCCUUAUCAACACUUUAAGUGUGAAGAACUACUUGCACAUUGUGGAGCACGUCAAGGAGCGCAUUGACAAGGCAGGCAAGAAGAGCUACAUGUUUGUCGUUGGCAAAUUGAAUGCUGCCAAGGUAGCCAAUUUCAGUGAAAUUGGCGGCUGGGUUGUCAUUGGCUGCUGGGAAAGCUCGCUUGUGGACAGCAAGGAUUUCUGGAAGCCAGUCAUUACUCCAUUUGAGUUAGAACUGGCUUUGCAAGACGACGAGGAUCGCGUGUGGACAGGCGCGUGGCAGAGUGACUUCCAGGCGGUUCUUGACCAACCAGCUGCGGAGGCCAAUGGAACCAGCAAGGAGACAUCCAAUGGUGCCAUGUCUGAAGAAGAUGACAUGUCAGAACCCGAAUCGGCACCGCCCGAAUUUGACCUGCGCACUGGACGAUACGUCUCACAUUCGCGUCCGAUGCGGGAUCCCGCUCCCCGCGCUUCCCAGCUUGAUGGAUCAUCUACCAGUGGGCCAUCCGCUGCUAGGGCGCUGGCCCGACGGGCUAAAGGUGACUUAGCCAUGAUUGGCGGUGCCGUAUCACCUGGUGCAGAGUACCUGCGCUCACAGCGGACAUGGAAGGGUCUGGGCAGUGACUUUGACAUCCGAUAUGACGAGGAUGAGGAGGAUGACAGCACCCUGGUCAAGGAAGGGCGCAAGGGCAUCGCCAGGGGCUACACUGUAGGCGACGCAACCAGCAAACAUUAA